GGGGGGAAAUCAAAAGUUGCGUCACAGACGUUUAUAUAAUUUCUCAAUAUAUUACCCUAAACGCUGUGAACCCUUCCCCCCUCUUCCCUUUCCAGCAAUUCCUCUUUUCCAUCCUCUCUUCGUUCUCUCCUCCUCUCUCUGCCUCCCGUCUUCCUCCCUCUCUCUCGAUCGCCCCAGAAAAAUCCCAACAGCGGAGGAAAAACGAACUUUUCCUUGGCUUCUAAUAUCGAGAUACUCUCGCGAGCCCCAUCGCCUGGAGUUCGGAUUCGUGCGCGAACUCGGGCGUUCUGAGCACGGAGACGCCGCUCUAGGGGUUUUGUGCCCUUAUUUUCUCUCUCUUUUUAGUUUUUUCUUCUUUUGAUUGGUAGUCGUUUGCGUGUUUCUGGACUGCUUUACUCGAAUCCCCGCGGCAUUGGGGAUAUCUUGGUUGUUGCGGCGUUGGGGUCUCCGUGGUUCGUGGAACCGAGGGCUCGGAUCGGGUGAGAUCGAUUGGAUUGGAGGGCUUGGAGAAGGAAGACGGUGUCUUGAUCCUUGGUCCCUUCGUCACGGUUUCUUUUUCAUUGUUCCCUUGCUGCGCUUUAUGUUCCCAGCUCUAUCUUGGGGCAAUCUGUCGAAUUUUAAGAAUACAUGUUCUUUUAGUGAGUUUGGUUGCUAGGGUUUUGGUUCCUGCAACCCGCACAAGAAAAAGAUUUCAGUCCUGGUUUAUAGCAUUUGGGAGAUUAAUUGCCCUUGUAAAUUUUAGUACAUGUGGGCUUAUUGAGAAGAAGAAGGCAUUAAAAAAAAAAAUCUUUAUAGGCUAAGGCUGGUUUUUGGUGCUUGAGGAAAAAGUAGCAAUCCUCUUCUUGUUGUUGUUGUUAAAAAAAUUGAGAUAGGAGGGGUUCUUUUUCCUUGGAAAAAAGAGAGGGAAACUGUUUGAGGUUGCACUCAUUAAAGAAGGAAAAGGAGGCAUUGUUUGAGACAGAAUAGGUUAGUUACUUUGCAGUAGCCUUGCAUGGGAGAUCAUGGAGGACGGCCGCAGACAAGUGGCCUGUUGCCUAAUGGUCUUUUACCCAAUGAAGUGGCCAGUGUGACCCGAGUUCUUGAUGUGGAGAGGUGGUUGAAAGCCGAGGAAAGAACAGCGGAGCUUAUUGCUUGCAUUCAGCCCAACAGACCAUCUGAGGAGCGAAGGAACGCUGUUGCCAAUUACGUACAGAGGCUUAUAACAAAGUGUUUCUCCUGUCAGGUUUUCACAUUUGGGUCUGUACCUCUGAAGACAUACUUACCUGAUGGAGAUAUUGACUUGACGGCAUUUAGUAAGGAUGAGAGUGUGAAGGAUACAUGGGCCAACGGAGUCCGUGAAGUGCUAGAGAAUGAAGAGAAGAAUGAGAAUGCUGAAUUUCAUGUAAAAGAAGUUCAGUAUAUUCAGGCAGAAGUAAAGAUUAUAAAGUGUCUCGUAGAAGAUAUUGUGGUUGAUAUAUCAUUUAAUCAGCUUGGUGGGUUAUGUACACUUUGUUUCUUGGAACAGAUUGAUCAUAUGAUAAAUCAAGACCAUUUAUUCAAGCGGAGUAUUAUAUUGAUCAAGGCCUGGUGUUACUAUGAGAGCCGUAUAUUGGGUGCUCAUCAUGGCCUCAUUUCUACAUAUGCUUUGGAAACUUUGGUUCUAUAUAUAUUUCAUGUGUUUAAUAAUUCUUUUGCUGGACCGCUUGAGGUCCUAUAUCGUUUUUUAGAGUUUUUCAGCAACUUUGAUUGGGAUAGCUUUUGUGUUAGCCUCUGGGGUCCUGUACCUAUUAGUUCACUUCCAGAUAUGGCUGCGGAACCUCCUCGAAAGGAUAGCAGUGAACUGUUGCUCAGCAAGGUCUUUCUUGAUAUGUGUAGUACGGUAUAUGCAGUUAUGCCAGUUGAUCAGCCUUUUGUUUCAAAGCAUUUCAAUAUUAUUGAUCCCUUACGCAUAAACAACAACCUUGGACGCAGUGUUAGUAAAGGCAAUUUUUUUAGGAUACGCAGUGCCUUUGCGUUUGGGGCCAAAAAGCUGGCAAGGUUACUAGAGUGUCCAGAAGAGGACCUGACUGCUGAACUAAAUCAGUUCUUCAUGAACACAUGGGAGCGGCAUGGCAGUGGCCAUCGUCCUGAUGCUCCUAGACCAAAUUUGUGCCACUUGCAACCUUUAAAAGGUGCACCAAUUGAAGAAUCAAACAGUUCCAGAAGCACUUCAAGCAUCAAGAAGAAGAAUGAAAAUGUUCUGUUGCCUGCAACUCAUGAUUGUCAGACAGAGGGCGGGCUUCCUUUUUAUGGCACCUCAUCUCAGAUUCAAAAGACCAUCAAUCAACACUCUCAGAACAUACAUAGGAGAAGUACAACAUCUGCAGUUUCUCAUACUCAGAGCCAGAAAAGUUAUGGAAGCCAGUUCAAUUCUAGGAUUGCUGACCACAGUGAGAAGAAUAAUGGCUCGAGAGAAUUUCUUCAAGCUGACAAGAGUAUGAAAACUUUGAGGCCUGACCACUCUGUGAAUGACCAUGGGGAACCAGGCAGGUUUCAGUUUGUAAGGACACGCUCGAGUCCAGAGCUAAUUGACACAUCUCCUGAAGUUUUACUUCGAGGGAGCCGUAACAGAGCUCCUGAAACAGGGAAUAACUUGAUUGCCUCAUCAAAGUUAGAUCAUGGUAGUAGAAGAAAGAACGUGGGUUCUGAUGUUUCAAGGAGCCAGCAUGCAAGAUCUUUUGAUUCAUCCCAGCAAAGUCUUGACAAUGCUGAUUCAAAUAAUGUUUUAAAUACUUAUCAUGAUGAUGAUGGCUUCGCAACUGUCAUGGAAGAACAUGCAUCUGUGUCUGAGGCAUUGGACAUGCACCAGGAAGAGCAAGAUUUGGUUAAUAUGAUGGCAUCUUCAAGAAUACAUGAUUUAAUUGGGCAGGUUCAGAUGCCAAUUCAUUUGGAUUCUCCUCAUCUACCGUUUCCAUUACCUCCCUCUAUUCUAGCUUCAAUGGGCUAUAGUCAGGGCAAUUUGGCAGGCUCUGUUCCCACUAGCAUUCCUGUGAUUGAGUCCCCGUGGGCAUCCAAUAUACCAUUUCCUCAAGGCUUUGUUUCUUCACCUUUGUCACCUUAUUUCCCAACUGCUGUUUUGAGUUCAAACUCGGAAGAUGUGGUUGACCCUACCAAUGAGAGAUAUGGCAUGACAGAAAUGAACCCACAGGAAAAUGAUAGUAGCUAUUUGCAUGAGCAUGAUCCUAGAUCUGAUCAAGGGUUUGACCCUGAAAAUGGAGGUUUUCAGGUACGUUAUUCUGAGGACAAGCAGCAUGAAAAUCCAGGAGGAUUUAACUAUGUUUCUUCAUCACGAGCCAGUAAUUCUGGUCCUUUUAGACGAGGACAUCACAAGUUUGCUAAAGAAAAUAGUGUUGCAAGUGAAGAGCACACUGGUGCCUUCCAGAAUCAAACCAGUAGAGGCAAUGAUAUUUACUCUAAUGACAGGAAUGAGAAUAUGAGGUACAUUCCUGCCUCACAGGUUAGUCUUUCUAGGAGCAAGCCUGCCUCCGAAAGUUCAUCUGAUGGAUCUGCAAAAUCCUCCAAGUCAACUAGGGAUAAACGGGGAAGAAGAACCACACCUUCUACAGUUUUGACAUCAUUACAUGGAAAAUCAAAGGGUGAGUGGCAGCUGGAGGGCUUGCCUGAGCAUUCUUCAGCACAGGCAAAUGAUGAGGCUUCAACACAUGCUAGAACCCAGCAGUUAUCUGGAUAUGAGCCAGCACAAAUAAGUGGAUCAGAAUCUGCGCUUCCUGUUGCACCGACGGUUGUCAAUGGCUCAGGACAGAGGGUUAUGGAGAACUCAAGGGUGUUGCCAUUUGCAUUUUAUCCUACUGGUCCACCAGUUCCAUUUUUGGCAAUGCUCCCGGUAUAUAACAUUCCAUCUGUGGCAGGCAGUUCUGAUAGAUCAACAAACCAAUUUGACAGGGAUGAAGAACUGGAUCAUGGUCAUAUAAUUCCAUCUGAUCAGAAUCAUGAUUCAGCAGAAAGCCUCAAUCACUCAGAGUCUCACAUGAAUUCAGGCGCUUUCAGAAGUGCUGAUCCUGAGCCCUCUGGGGAGCAUAAGUCUGAUAUUCUCAAUGGUGACUUCCUUAGCCAUUGGCAAAAUCUGCAAUAUGGGCGAUCUUGCCAGAAUGCUCAUCACCAUGGGCCUUUUAUGUACCAAUCUCCUGUUAUGGUGCCACCAGUAUACUUACAGGGUCAUUUUUCAUGCGAUGGUCCUGGUAGACCACACGCAGCCAAUGGAAACCUCUUUACGCAGAUCAUGAGUUAUGGUCCCCAAUUGGUUCCUGUUACACCUCUUCAGCCAGGGCCUCAUAGGAUUUCUGGUGUUUUUCAGCAUUUUGGAGAUGAAGUCCUCCCUCGAUACCGUGGUGGUACUGGAACCUAUCUGCCAAAUCCUAAAAUUUCAUUCAGAGAUAGACAAUCAAGUACAAGAAACCACAGAGGGAAUUACAGUUAUGACAGGAAUGACCAUGCUGACAGAGAAGGAAGCUGGAUCAAUGCAAAAUCACGAGCUUCUGGGCGCAGCCAUGGUCGCACCCCAGCUGAGAAGCCUAGCUUGCGACCUGACCGAUUAUCUACAACUGAUAAUCAAGUUGACAGACCAUGGGGUCCGCGCAGGCAUGAGACUCCUGCCUCAGACCAAGGCCAGAACAGAUCUUUUGGGUUUGCAAACUCCUCACGCAACUCACCAAAUAUGGCUUAUGGCAUGUAUCCAGUGUCCACAGUGAGCCCAAAUGGUGUCAGUCCAACUGGUCCUGCAGUUCCACCUGUUGUGAUGCUGUAUUCAUAUGAUCAAGGUUUUGGGUAUGGUUCGCAUGCUGAAUCCCUCGAGUUUGGCUCUUUUGGUCCAGUCCAUUUAUCUGGUACGAAUGAAGUUGCACAAUCCAGUGAUGCAAAUCCUGUUAGGGGGCCAUAUGAUCGGAGGCAUGGCAUGUAUAAGGGAAGUUCUUCACGCUCUUCUCCAGAUCAGCCCUCUACACCCAGGCUGCAGAGAUCAAUGGUCCAGAGGAAUUAUCAGUUGAAAGACGAGGAUUUCCCACCGCUGUCAUUUCCAAAUCCGGGAGUUGGUGGUGGGGGGAACAACUAUAACAGCAGACCUUCUCAAUAUCAGUCAUUCUUCUCCCCUCACUCUUGACUGAAGCUGGUUUCACUUUGCUGUUGGUCCUGUACAUUUUCUUGUGUACCUUAGCAUCAUUUCCCUCUAGAAUAGAAUUUGUAUGUACACUAGAAAGUGAUUCUCGACCCACCCGUUUAUUCAAAGUAUGGCAGAGAGAUGAUGACAGUGUAAAGGGGUGGAAAAAUUUUGCCUCUUUCCAAGAAUACAUAUUAACAUCCAAAAAAUGCUCUAGGACUAGAUGUUUAACUUUUAGGGUUGACUUGUUACGAAGAAGUUCAUUCUAGGAUCCUAUUUCCGGUAGAUUUUAUUCUUUAAUCCAAGGUUUACUAGUGCAUUAUUUUUCGUAACAUUGAUAUUAUAAAGUUUGCAAAAAUAAGGACAUGAGAAA